CAAACAGCCCGGCCGAUUCGAUUGAGCUCCAUCUGCCGCAGCUGCUGCCAAACAACGUCCCACUGCAAUUCCCAUCAUCGCGCCAACCCAGUUACGAGGAUCCGUAGCGGUCCAAGCCCAGCGAAGCAGGCAACGCCCAUAGCUCACCUAUACGUAUCCGUUGUCGUCUUUAAAUUCAUCGCAUUUCACUUUUUAGUAAGCCGCCGCCAGCAAGCGCCACACAUCUCGUCGCCAUGUCAACCCUCGAAGAGCUCGAUGACCUCGACCGCCGGGAGCGCGACGACAAGAAAGACAAGAAGGACGAUGACAAGCGGAAGCAAGCCAACGGCGAGGGCGAUGCCGAGAUGAAGGACGCCGAGCAGGAGGAGGACGACGUCCUCGACGCCGAGAUUCUCAGCCUCAGCACCGAGGACAUCAAGACCCGCCGGCGGUUGCUCGAGAACGACGCCAGGAUCAUGAAGAGCGAGUUCCAGCGGUUAUCACACGAAAAGGCAACCAUGGCCGAAAAGAUCAAAGAGAACAUGGAGAAGAUCGCGAAUAACCGUCAACUUCCAUACCUCGUCGGCAAUGUUGUCGAGCUUCUAGACCUAGAUCCGACGGCCGAGUCGUCCGAAGAAGGCGCCAACAUCGACUUGGACGCCACGCGGGUGGGCAAGUCGGCCGUGAUCAAGACGUCUACGAGACAAACCAUCUUCCUACCGCUGAUCGGUCUCGUCGAUUCCAGCAAACUGCGGCCCGGCGACCUUAUCGGGGUCAACAAAGAUUCAUACCUUAUCUUGGACACGCUACCCGCCGAGUACGAUAGUAGAGUCAAGGCCAUGGAGGUCGAUGAGAAGCCCACGGAGAAGUACACCGAUGUCGGUGGCCUCGACAAGCAAAUCGAGGAGCUCCUCGAGGCUAUCGUAUGGCCCAUGAAGGAGGCGGACAAGUUCAAGAAGAUCGGCAUCAAGGCUCCAAAGGGUGCUUUGAUGUACGGCCCGCCUGGCACAGGCAAGACGCUCCUUGCCAGGGCCUGCGCGGCCCAAACCGACGCAACAUUCCUCAAACUUGCCGGCCCACAACUGGUUCAGAUGUUCAUAGGAGACGGUGCCAAGCUUGUUCGUGAUUGUUUCGCGCUGGCUAAGGAGAAAGCCCCGGCGAUCAUCUUUAUCGACGAGCUGGAUGCCGUCGGUACCAAGCGGUUCGACAGCGAGAAGAGCGGUGAUCGUGAGGUGCAGCGGACCAUGUUGGAGCUGCUCAACCAACUGGACGGCUUCGCGUCGGAUGACCGGAUCAAGGUCAUCGCCGCCACGAACCGUGUCGACGUGCUGGACCCCGCCCUGCUCCGAUCUGGCCGUCUCGACCGCAAGAUCGAGUUUCCCCUCCCCAACGAGGAAGCCCGCGCCCAGAUUCUCAGGAUCCACUCGCGCAAGAUGAAGGUCGACCCGGGGGUCAACUGGGGCGAGCUGGCGCGCAGCACCGACGAGUUCGGCGGCGCCAUGCUCAAGGCUGUGUGCGUCGAGGCCGGGAUGAUCGCCCUGCGCAUGGGCAAGAACAAAAUCGGGCACGAGCACUACGUCGAUGCCAUCGCUGAGGUACAGGCGAAGAAGAAGGAUACGGUCAACUUCUACGCUUAAACAUGGUCAUGGCCAUCAACCCGUUCAUCAGGCGUCGGGGAGCACGGCACUGGGCUCGUCCAACGCGGUCCAUAGAAGCUAGGAUGCUAGGUUGAUAGAGCAGGCCGUUUGUGUAAUAU